AUGCUUGCUACGCUUAUAAUCAAUUUAAUUUUUGUGACGAAGAAAACUAAAGCAAAUAGCUUUUCUUUUUUUAGUGAGACGGCAUCUACGUGGCGUAAACGUCGCGGUGGUGGCGUAAUGGCCACAACUGCUCCAGCAAUUCCACCAAUCUCUAUACCAUCCACGUCAUAUCAACAGCAGUUGUUAACUCGAUCGGUGGAUAAAAUGUUCGAAGAAGCGGAAUUAAGCGGUGUGUUAUUAUUGGCCGGUCGUAAACUGAAAGAGUUCCCGGCACAUCUUGCCCUUAAAUAUGAAAUAUCUGAUAUAAUUUCUGCUGAUCUCAGUGAUAAUCGUUUCGCACAUUUACCGUUAUGCAUCUGUGAGAUGUGUUCGAUGGAAACGUUACGGAUUCGUAAUACGGGUUUACGUUCAAUUCCUUCGGCUGUACAGUUACUUCAAUCGCUUACUUACCUCGACUUAAGUGGUAAUCAAUUGAUGAACAUCCCAUCAGCUCUAUUUUCUAUACCUCUACAAAUUCUGCUUUUAACGGGUAAUCGAUUGGAGUACAUCCCACGAGAAAUUCGACAGCUUUCGAAUUCAUUACGUGAAUUGGAUGCAAGUUGUAAUAAGCUGAAAAGUUUGCCGGCUGAUAUUGCCUUAUUAAAAUCGCUACGAGUGCUCAAUGUGCGAGAUAAUCAGCUGACUCAUUUGCCUUCAGGUUUAUUAAAUUAUUUCUAA